UGUCUUGUCACGUGUGCAUGUCAUACUACUCUUUAUGGUGUUGAACACAUGCUUACAUUUUGUUCGUUUUGGCUAUCUCGAUGCAAAACGUCUUCCGUCGCUACAUGGUUUCAUUUCUUUUGUGUAAACAUCCCGACGAAUUCAUUAGUUCAUGAACCAAGUUAUCCNAAAAAAAUCUAUGAUGCAAAACGUUUCACGGACGUCGGCUUCGCCCACUACGAUCUGUUCUUCACGGAUGGCAGUUGCCCGUCGGAUACCAUAAUGAAACGUUUUCUGCAGAUUUGUGAACAAUCUGUGGGUGCCAUUGCUGUGCAUUGUAAGGCCGGUUUAGGUCGAACUGGAACAUUGAUUGCGUGUUAUCUGAUGAAGCAUUACAAAUUCAAUUCACGAGAGGCCAUCGCCUGGUGUCGAAUAUGUCGACCCGGUUCGAUAAUUGGACCACAACAACAUUGGUUAGAUGUGGUGGAAUCGAUUUGUUGGCAAAGCGGAGAAAUUUAUCGUGUGAAUCAACGAUACCUGGCGAGUCGACAGGGUGGCGGCGCGAUCCAGAGUGAAUCUGUGGUCGGCGGCUUUGCCGUCGCCUGGCUCACUACCACGCCUGAUCUAUUGAAGCCUUAUGCGGUCCGCCAAUCCAAGUUUCAGAAUCAUAGUUACCAGUUUCCUCACAACAUAAACAUGACGGUACAAAUCCGACCACCUUUUUUCAGGAUUUUCAUGACCUUCCUGUAUAUAAAUAGGUCAUUUUAUCCAUCUCUUUGA